AUGUUCAUGUCUAAUAAUGCCUGCUCGGUGCCUACUUCUUUCUGGCUUACUGGCAUCCCAGGGCUAGAGUCCCUGCACCUCUGGCUGUCCAUCCCCUUCAGCUCUCUGUACCUGGUGGCUGUGGUGGGAAAUGUGACCAUCCUGGCAUCAGUAAAGUUGGAAUGCAGCCUGCACCAGCCGAUGUACUUCUUCCUGUGCAUGUUGGCUGUCAUUGACUUGGUCCUAUCAACCUCUACUAUGCCCAAAAUGCUAGCCAUCUUCUGGCUCGGUGCCCUCAACAUUGACCUGGACGCUUGCUUGGCCCAGAUGUUCUUUAUCCACUGCUUUGCUACCGUAGAGUCAGGUAUCUUCCUUGCCAUGGCUUUUGAUCACUACGUGGCCAUCUGUGACCCACUACACCACACCUCGGUGCUCACCCAUGCAAUGGUGGGACGUCUGGGCCUGGCCGCCCUCCUCCGUGGAGUACUCUACAUUGGACCUCUGCCCCUGAUGAUUCACCUGAGGCUUCCCCUUUACCGGACCCAAAUCACUGCCCACUCCUGCUGUGAGCACAUGGCCCUGGUCACCUUGGCACGCAGUGACACAACAGUUAACAACUUAUAUGGAAUGGGAAUCGGCUUUCUGGUCCUGAUCCUGGAUUCACUAGCCAUUACUGCCUCCUAUGUGAUGAUUUUUAGGGCUGUAAUGGGGUUGGCCACCCCUGAGGCGAGGCUUAAAACCCUGGGGACAUGCAGCUCUCAUAUUUGUGCUAUCCUUGUCUUCUACAUCCCCAUUGCUGUUUCGUCUCUCACUCACCGAUUUGGCCAUCGUGUGCCUCCCCAUAUCCAUAUCCUUGCCAACUUUUACCUCCUCUUCCCACCUAUCCUCAACCCAGUUGUCUAUGCUGUCUGCACCAAACAAAUUUGAGAGAGACUUCUCCACGUUCUUAAGGCAAGGGCUCAAUCCAAGUGACAGUUCUGUACCUGUAGGGCAUACAGAAUACUUAGUGAUGGUAGGAAAAAGCUCUGAC